GACUGAAUACUAGUAGCGAUGGAAGGCAAGAGGAGUGAGACCUCCUCUUUUUGUAACUUGUCUCUGCUCUGCUUGUACUGUGUGUGCGACGGAUAGAAGCUAAUCACAGUUCGAAGGUCCUCUCCUGACUGCCGUUCGACUUUUUAAUGGGAGGCAGGCAUGACCUCCCGUCUUCCAUAAACUCUCCACAAUGAAAGAGUGGUGGUUACAUGUCUUACUGAUCUGCGUCCCGCUGCUGGCCGUCUACCUGCACAUCCCGCCGCCUCAACUAUCACCUGCGCUCCAGAAGUGGCACAAUGCUGGCAGAUUGUUCACCUUCAGAGGCAGCGACAUCUUCUACACAGACUCCCAUGGCGCUUUGGGGAGCUCUGACAUCGUCGUCCUUCUCCACGGCUUCCCCACCUCCAGCUAUGACUGGAACAAGAUUUGGGAGCCUCUCACUCAGCACUUCAACCGGGUCAUAGCCCCAGACUUCUUGGGUUUUGGCUUCAGCGACAAGCCUCGACCACACAAGUACUCCAUCUUUGAGCAAGCUAGCAUGGUGGAAGCCCUGCUGGCUCACAUAGGUCUGGCCAAUCAGCGCGUCAACCUGGUUUCACAUGACUAUGGAGACACAGUGGCGCUUGAGCUGCUCUACAGGAGUGACCAGAACCGCACUGGUCACCUCACCAUCAACAGCCUGUGUCUCUCCAAUGGAGGCUUAUUUCCAGAAGCCCACCACCCUCGCCUGCUGCAGAUGCUCCUCAAGGACUCCAGUUUCCUGGCUCCAGUCCUUAUGCGUCUCACCAACUACAAGAUCUUCCAGAAGGGAAUCGGGGAGGUUUUUGGGCCGUACACGCAACCCACCGACGCAGAAUUCUGGGACAUGUGGACGGGUCUGCGAUACAAUGAUGGAAACCUGGUUUUGGACAGUGUUCUGCAGUACAUCAACCAGAGGUUAAAGCACAGAGACAGAUGGGUUGGUUCCCUCACAUCCACCUUUGUACCCUUGCACAUGAUCUAUGGCCCCCUUGAUCCAGUCAACCCGCAUCCACGCUUCAUCCGUCUUUACCAGAAGCUGGUGCAGCGGUCAACAGUCAGCGUUUUAGAUGAGCACAUCAGUCACUACCCCCAGCUGGAAGACCCCACUGGCUUCCUCAAUUCUUACUUUAACUUUAUUCACUCCUUCUGAGCCCAUCAAUAAAUAGUUUUGUACUGAAAGGUUUUGUGUUAAUCGCCAUUUUUUGCACUUUUCUAGAACAUGGGCUACAGUGUAGAUUAGGUAGCAUUGUUCAAAGGGUUGUAUAUUCAGCAAACAGACGACCAUCUCUUCAUUGCGACGCCAUUGGCCAAAGAAGAAUAGAGUGGCUUACUGUGUCGUGACUUACUCAAAAACAAAUGAGAAAGGAAGAGCUGUAAUUUCAGGUUUUUUUGUUGUAUGGUUUUUAAGAUGCUGACAAAAUAAAAAUUAUUAACAAGAA